CUAGGGCCACCUGAGCUGGUGACAGAACGGCGAGGGCGAACUGAGGCAGAUAAGGGAAGUGCCCGGGGGGAAUAUUCGAGAAGUACUCCUCUUGCUUGCGGCUGAUGACACCAGGAAGCAUGCAGAAAACAUGCAGCCAGUCUCAAUUUAACCUACAAUCACCUAGGGUAGUGGACAACUCUGAAAAUGUGGUGUUUAGUGUUCACAUCAUCCGACACCGCCUCUGUUUGUGUGUAGGUACGUGAGAGCGAUACUUCGAUACGAAAGCCCUUCAUGGCCUGUUGAUGCUCUCCUAGACUGCGUCCUUGCUCUACUUAUCGUCUGUCUCUCCAAAGCCCAGGAGUAAAUGCUCAACACUCCAGCUGCACACUCAGCUGCUGCGAAAAAUUCUGCUUACCAGAAGCGGGCGACAAGCUUUUUCGCGAAACCGCAAAUUGAGCUGAAAGUAACGUCCAAAAAUUCAGUCGCAGCCUUCCAAAGAGCAAAGAAAGCGGAGCAACAUGGCGCUGCAGGGGCGAAACUCAAUGGUGCCUCUUCUCCUCAUGAUCGUGGCGACCUUCUUACUGGUUCCCACAGCUGAAGCGGCAUCCGCUGGUCGCCGCUUGCUUGCGGACCAAGGCGUGUGCGGAAGCGGUCCAGCCCAGUACUUCCCCAACCGCUGCUACUUCAACAGUGACCCUCAGGGGCGUUACGUCUGCUGCGACAACCAGGGCUGCGACGGCUUCAACCCGCCGGGCAACUUCUUUCCCCACUGCAAGAACGCCGGGUUCGUUCCGUCUGCUUUUGGGGUCGGCGCCCCUUCAGCAAUCACGGUGGUUCCAGCGUUCGUCCCGUGCCCCGCCGUCAACGGCGUCCCGACCAACAGCUGCUUCAACCAGGCGGGCACGCAGCACGUGUGCUGCAUUAACCCCGACUCGUGCGGCGCCUUGGCUGCGAACGGCAACCCGACGUGCGCGGCUGGCAAUUACUACGUUUUCUGAGUCUGCGGCGGCGCAGUGUCAAUGUUAGCAAGUUGGAGAGCGAGUCAGAGAGUCAGUGAGUGAGUGAGUUGACCUCUGAAAGUUGAGAGUUAGGAAAUGGGUUUGAGGAUGGAAGUUGCGGUCGGGUAAUAUGGCAGAGGGGUUCGUCAAGGAUGUACGAAACGCAAUGUAGGCUCACCACCCCCAUCCAAACAAAAUAAGUUUUGUAGUAACGGUGUUUUUAGUUCUCGAUUCUGAUGUGGAGGGCCAUACCCACGUAUGUAGAGGUCGCGACGAGGCAAUAUAACUUGCUUGAGACAGUUCUCGAUAAUGUACAUAUGCGGAAUCUGCAAGGUAGGAUGCUAAGAUUUGAAGUGCCGGUCGGGCUGAGAGAAACCUGAGCUAGGGACGCUGAAACAUUCUCGUUUCGCUUUUUAUCACUGUUAUUAACGUCACAACUAAUCUAGACGAUCGCGUUGUGCCGGCGCACAAAUCAAUGCUGGCGCACAAAUCAACGAUUGUACAACUGAGCCAUGGUCGGCCAAUUAGCCUGGUUGCUAGUUUCACG